AUGUGCCCUGGGGAGGGUGCCCCUCUUCCCCAAUCCGCCCCCCAACACGGCCACGCACGGAACCCAAGCCAGAGCGCCCAGAGCCGCAGUGCGUCCUCGGACUCGGCCCAGAGCGUAGACAGAGCCACAGAGCCACGGGCUGCCCCUCCCCACUUGCUUCCCGCCCGGCAGUACCUGAGUGCUCGCGGGGCUACCAGACGCUCCAUCCUAAAGCCCGGAGUCCGGGGUCCCAAACUCAGUCAGGCCCGGGCCGGGGGCCGGGACCGGGCCGGGCUAGCCGCUCCUGCCCUCCAGCCACAGCCUCCGCCGAUUUCAAAGCGUCCAGCCGCUCCAGGGACAGCCAGUGACGCGCACCCUCCGUCGGGGGUCACUCUGUCCCCACCUGUGCGCCCUCGGCCGCCCCGCCCCCAUCCCGUGGCCGCCACGGCCCCGCCCCUAAGGCUUCCUCUUGGGACUCCGCCCUACAUGCCCGCCCCCUUGGGUCUGCCCCACGUGCCCGCCCCUUUGGGUCUUCCCCACCACCCCGAAGUGUCCCGCAGAAUUUGGAGCCCUUCCACAGCGCCACUCUGCUAG